UUUAUCCAUGAUGACAACGUCCCUCCCUCACCAGAGGGAUACGGCUAUCUCUCCGAUCAGCAUCCGAGAUUCAAUUCGUCUGUUUCGCAUUUCUCGAUGCCGGAAUCCAAUGGAGGUGUUUAUGGAGAGGGGAUGAACGGCGGGGUAUUUAUGUCCGAUGGUCCGAUCCUCCCUCCUCCCGGCGAGAUGCAGCCUGAUGAAGGUUUUUUCCUGCGCGAAUGGCGUCGCGAAAACGCCAUUCUUCUUGAGGAGAAGGAGAAUGUGGAAAAAGAGUUGCGCAAACAAACCAUUUUAGAAGCAGAGGCGUACAAGAAGACUUACCACGAGAAGCGGAAGUUGACUUCCGAAACAAAUAGGGCUCAAAACAGAGAAAAAGAGAAGCUUUUCCUAGCGAAUCAGGAGAAAUUCCAUGCGACUGCUGAUAAGCAGUGCUGGAAAGCUAUUUCCGAGCUCAUUCCGAAUGAGGUGCCGAACAUCAAGAAGAGAGGGAAGGAGGAGGCAGAGAAGAAGCCCUCCAUUUUAGUGAUUCAAGGACCAAAGCCUGGUAAGCCAACUGACCUCUCCAGGAUGCGACAGUUGCUUCUGAAACUGAAGCAUAAUACGCCUCCUCACUUGGAGACGAAAGCUCCAGUUCCAGAUCCAGCUCCAGCUGCUGAAGCAAAUUUUAAAGCUCCCAAGGAAGUAGUAGUUAUAGCUUAAGAGGUACGGUUUGUUUUGAUCAAUAGUUUUAUCUCAUCAUUUAAGUUGCUUUUAAUGCUAUUAUAUGAGGUUGUGAUUUUGGCUGUACUCUGUGGUCCGAGUUUGUUUUUGAGUUCUGCUGUUUUAUCAAGUGGACGGAUGUGUUAUCCUCUGUUAUGUUCAGUAUCUUUAGUGCUAUUUGAGAAUGUUUUAAAUAAUUAUCUGCCCAUUAUUAUGAUUGGCUUUUUA